CGGGGCGUGGCCAACUGUCUGCGUAGUUUGACUUCAUUUCAGUCAAACAGUCUGACUAGCAGGAGGUCUCCACUAAAAGCUGCUGUGAAAUACCUCCCCAAACAACCCAUCACAGGUCAUUUUCCUCCUUGUUCUCAGUUUUUCCCUUUUGUUUUCAAAAUAAAUUGUUUUUCAAACCGUCACGGCGGCGUUUUCACACCAUGCGGCGAUUAUUAGCCGCCGCCAUCUUUUCGUCACUUCUAAAAGUGUCGCUGAGCAUUCAGGUGAUCGUCUCUCAGCAGGAGCGUAGCACAGCUCUUUUUGCAUCAGUCACCCUGCGCUGCGACUUCUCCACGUCCGCAAACCUCCAAGAUGUGUUGAUCACUUGGAGGUUUAAAUCUUUCUGCAAAGACCCUGUGCUGGAGUACUACUCCACAUCUUACCAGUCGGCACUUCAGUUAGGUCAGGAUCCAUCGAACGACUGUCCAGAUCGCCAGCGCACAAUUCGGACGGUGAUUCAGAAGAGAGGAAACAAUGAGGCCAUUCGUGGUGCAGAGUACAGUGAUCGUAAGAUCUCCAUUCAGAAUAAGGCUGAUCUGGUCAUCAGUGAUGUGAUGUGGUGGGACAACGGUGUGUACUUUUGUGCUGUCGACGCAGCCGGCGACACCACUGGAGACUCCGACAAAGAAGUCAAGCUCAUCGUUUAUCACUGGCUAACCGUGUUGUUCAUCAUCAUCGGGGCUGUGCUGCUUAUCAUCUUAUUUGGUGUCUGCUGCUGCCAGUGUUGUCCUCAGAGAUGUUGCUGCUACGUGCGCUGUCCCUGCUGCCCACAGCAGUGCUGCUGCCCGGAGAAAGCGGUCAUGCAGCAUCGUAUGAUGAAAGAAGCUAAGAAGGCCAUGAAUCCCUGGAUGGGAGGACAGCCGAUAUACGGACCAAUGAGCCAGGUUUCCUCCGCUCAAAUGAACCCGCUUCUAUACCCAGGGUCAGUGUCCGGCAAGAGCGUGCCGAUGAAGCCCAUGCCACUGCCUCCACCCCAGUCCUCAGCUUACAGCAUGCCAGCCCAGAGUGUCCACGGUGCCCACACGCCAGCCAACACCAAUCACAUGCUUGACUAUAUGGAGAGUCAAAUGAGGGGGAUGGAUGUGAACAGUCCGAUGCUUCAGGUUCAGCCACCACCACCACCCCCCCAUAUGCAACAGAUUCCCCCCACUCCCCAGCACAUGCCCACCAGCAUCCCAUUUUCAGCCGGGCCUCCCAGCAUGAUAUCUGGGCUCGGCGACGUUCCAUCAGAGCGUCGCGUUAUCACUCUCCCGCCCAUUCGCGAGCCGGGCCGAGUCCCACCCCCCGCGCCCAAAACUCGCCCUCCGAGCUCCAGCGAGAGCAGCCGCGGUUUCGGAUCCGGGACGCCCGCUCGCCGCUAUCCCUCGCCUACACGAUCCAGGGGAAUUCCGAGGAGCUAUAGCGAAGAAUCGCUGGACGGGCGGUCACGCGGCGGGGCGCGGGGAGGCAUGGAUCGUCCUCGAUCUCGCUCCAGGGAUGAUCUCUUCGACAGCAGGUCCAGGUCCAACUACCCCCCGCCGGGAGCACGUCGGCCGUCCUGGAGUUCUGAUGAUGAGGGCGCUAGUCGGAGAGGAGGAAACAGGAGAGGGGGCGGAGGCUGGAGUGAGAAACCUCCCAACUACACAGAGUACGAGCCUGGAAACAAACCAAGGAGGAACGGACACUACUCUGUUAAGAGCUCUCGCAGUGGCACCAGUGUCGUCAUCUGAACGGAGCUGCGAAAACGCCCUUUGACCUCUGUUUCUGAGCGCGCACACACCGAAGUGGGAGUUAGCGGCGUUGUUGUCCAACUCCUGGUACUUUUGAAAUAUGUUACUAUAGCCCUCGGGAUGAGAAAUUUGUGUUUAGAAAAGAUAAAAACUACAUUUUUGGCACAUUUGAGAGCAUAGAUGUCACUCCUUCCAGGCUAGGAGUAUAGAAAUGCAUUCAGAUUGAUAUCAAAUCUAUGAACGCCCUCUAGUGGUUCAUAUAUGAAAUUAGAAUGUUGAAAGUUGCGCUUCUUUAUUUAUUCAAGCUACUUGAUAUCCAGUUUAGGGUGCAUGUACAAACAUGAUAAAACGACAUUCCGUAGUUAUUGAAGUCGGUGGUGAUAGUUUUUGUGUUUUUUGUUAAUCUUUCCUGAAAGUGAUUUUUUUUUAUUUUUUUUUUAUAAAUGCCACCAACGAACAGGAAGGAUAUUAUAGCUCUUAAAGGGCCAGUAGCAUGGAAUAUAAAUACAUAAAACUGUUACAUUAUAUUUACAUUAUUGAAAUUGCCAUGUGUAUGAUGUCUCCACUCCCCCAUGGUUUUGUGCUAAGAUGUCUCUGAUGCCUUAAAUGGUGGUUUUAUUUUUAGUGGCAUGAAAAUGUCACUGUGUAAAUGAAGUAAUGUGAUGUAUGUAUCAUUGUUAUGUGGGAAAUCAAAGCUGUUACUAUUUUUAGGAUCGUUACACCUUUUCAAAUGUAAACUGUAACUUCAGUAAAACCUGACGUUUGUAAAAUACAUGAAGUUUGUGUGAGACAAAAUGAUUUUGUUUUGUUCCUCUAAAUUGUUUCUCUUUGAGUAAUAAAACAUUCACAA